GAAUUUAUAUUCCCGAGAUUGCCUUAGACUUCUCAAUCAUCGUCCUCGUCUUGGGGCUUCUCACUGACAGACAAAAGUCAAAAAAUCAUCAUCCAAAUCAAGAAAAAAAAACCUAAUAAGCUCACAUUUCUCCUGCACCCAAAACCCCCAAAAAAUUUGCAUUAUUACUUCAUUGUUGUCAUCUGAAAUAACCAGAGUUUGCGUUUAUUUCCUGAGAAUUGAGAUGCUCACCUCCAAUCGCAGGAACUAUGCAUUUUAUUGGGAAGCUCUCUGUUGACACGCUAUCUUUCGAGAACUGUUAAUGUGAUGGUUAUUUCCACAACUUCAUUCAAAGCCUCGAGCAAUGCAAUUGGUACAGCAUGAUAGUCGGACUGAGAAUGCUUCAGAAACAGAACCCAUUUUAUCUCAGGCUAGUGCAGCUGAAAGAUCAGAAGAGUCUUCUUCUUUACGUGAAAUAACUGUGGGUGUGGGAUGUUCUAUUACUGCUGGUGAUUCAUCUGUUCCGGAAAUAGAUGAGGAUAUAUGCCUAGUACAUUCAGACCAGCCUCAGUGCCGCAUAUGCCUUGAAACUGAAGGAGAGGAUUUAAUUGCACCAUGCCAUUGUAAAGGCACCCAGAAGUAUGUCCACAGAUCAUGUCUUGAUAAUUGGAGGUCAACAAAGGAGGGUUUUGCUUUUGCACACUGUACAGAAUGCAGGGAAAAGUUUGUAUUGCGGGCAAAUGUCCCAGCUGAUCGUUGGUGGUUGAGGUUAAAGUUUCAACUUCUUGUUGCGAGGGACCAUGCUGCCAUUUUUGUUAUUGUUCAACUGAUUGUUGCUUUUCUAGGUGUGCUGGUGUACAAAUUUUAUGGAGAAGAACUGCGGGAAAUGUUUGGCUACGAAGAACACCCAUAUGGGUUUUAUACUAUGGCUGUUUUGGCAAUUGUGUUGGUGGGUUUGCUCUAUGGCUUCUUCAUUGCUAUAAUAUGUGGACAGAGGAUCAAUGAACGCCACUACCAUGUUCUUGGCAAGCAAGAACUGACAAAGGAGUAUGUGGUGGAAGACCGAGAAGCUAACAAGGAUGCCUCAGAGCUUGACCCUAGCCAUGUGACUGAAUUGAGGAUGCUUGGCCUCUAUUAAGAUCAGCAAAAAAAUCUCUUUUUCUAGGUUUUGGUUCAUGGAUUUGGUUGAUUGUCUCGAGCUUCUCGGUUCUCGUGAAAAGUCCACGAACUACUUGUAUCGUCAUAAAUUAUUGUACCCAUACAUAUUAGUAAGUUCAUCAUAUACAUUGUCAAUACAGUUUUCAUUUUCUACGUUUACACGAGAUCAAUAUUCACUGUAAUUUUGUUGUAUUUGAGCCAUUGUAAUUUUUCUGAUUUGUGCAAUAAUACUAGGGUUGGGCCAUUAAUUGACAUUACAACAACAAACUUCUGAUAUUAAGGGUGUGCUUGGAUAUGA